AUGGAAAACAACGACGGCGAUAACGUUUCCAAGCACGGAGAAUUUCUCAGUCGCCGUUUCGCCGACGCAGUAGCAUCCAUCGAACAAUCUUUAAUCAACUCAUUUCGCUCCGCCGCCUUAACGCCUCAAGAAACGGACGAGUGUUUGCAGACGCUGUGCAACUUGAUGACUAUCGGCGAAGAAGACGACGCGGCUCCGUUUGAAGUUCUGAUCUCGAAGCUAGACAAAAGAGAUCUUCACAAGAUGGCCUCGCUGCUGACGUCAGAUUCCGAUCACUACUUCUUGGAGAUCGCAAGAAACUACAACGGCUCCACACGCUUCGGGAAUCUCCUCGGGAAAUCAGACGACGCGGACACGUUGUUCUUCGCUGCUAUCUUGUGCCAAUUCUUGCACCUCAUGAAGGACGAGAACGCGUCCUACGUCGCGAUUCGAGGGUUGCGAGUUUUCACCCAGGAGAAGAAAAUCGCAAUGUGCGGCCACAUUCUCUUCCACGCGCUUGACCUUGCGUGUGACGGACAUGGCUGCGACGUUCUCAACGGAUUCAUAACCUACACGGACCAGCCUUUCUUCAGAAACCAGCUGCUAGACAUAGUUUCGUCUAACGCACUGUGGCUAAGCAACCAUGCUUCAAUUUCAGGGAACUUGGUGGUGCAGCACGCUCUUAAACUGAAUGACUCGCGUUGCACGAAUAACAUUGCUGUUAGCCUUCAAGGCCAUUGCGUUGAUCUUUCUUAUUGGAAGUAUGGAAGCUACAUCGUGGAAAAAUUACUGGAGAAGGAGGAGUCGAUGGAUGUGGUGGUUAUGGAGCUUUUGGGGUGCAAUGGAAACAAGUUGAUGAGGCUUGCGAGUCAUAGGUUUGGGAAUUUCGUGGUGGCCAAGGCACUGAGAGUCACGCAGAAUGAGAUGAACAGGGCUCAUCAGUUUUGGGGUUUGGUGCAUAAGCUCAUGCCUUAUUUCCAAUUCUUUCGUAGGUCUCGUAUAAGCAACAUUGCAGCGAUCUUGGGAUCAGUUCUUUAA